AUGGACCAUUGCGCAAAAUCUCAGCUUUCCAAGACUCCUCCGGAAAACGUUAUAACCGUUACAAUGUGUGAGUCUUGUAUGCCCAAUACUUUGUAAAAUACAGUACACCAUGGUAAAAAAUAGUUCUAUAUGGCCUACGUAAACUUACUCGAAACCUGAACACUGUCUCUCAGAUUUUUCCGCACGAAGGACACGAUUUCAAGUUUUCGCUAUACUAAAGGGAAAACAGUGAAAAGUUGGGGACAUAGCUGGGGAAUUUUUUUAUGUAGUUGACCGUGUAAUUACGAUAAAAUUUUUUUACCCCAACCAACGCGACAGCAGCAAUAGAAAUUCCAUCAUAUAACACCAUAUUGCACCAUAGUUCACCGUAUUUUACUAAAAAAUAUUUUCUUUCUGGGAGAAAAUAUAUUUUUUCUGGGAGAAAAUAGGAGUUUUUCUAUAAUGCUCUUUUCUGGGGAAAAAUAUUUUUAAUUCUGGGAGAAAAAUAUAGACCCUUUUACUAAAUAUUGGACAUACGAGGGUCCCAUAUUGUAGCCGUUAUAACUUUUUCCGUAGAGGUCGUGGAAGGUUGAGAUUUUGCGCGAUGGUCCAUCACAACCUGGGCAACAAUAAUUUAAGAGGGAUUUUUUGUAUGUACUUUUAAAGUGCAGAUAGCUCAAUAAGAAGGCCAAAAUUGCAGUUUUUCGGCUAUAACUCUCCGAAUCGGGCCAGAAAAUGCCUGAAAUUGUUACAUCUUAUAGUAUUCAAGAUGCUGUACACAAUGAGGCCCAUAAUUUUGCGAUCUGGCACUUCGAAAGUACAUUUUUCUGGCAUUGAAUGUUGAAAUUUGCCAUUUUUCGGCAACGGUUUCCUUGCCGUACAUAAUAAGUAUCAUUACAAAAUUAGUAUAUUCUGAAGGACAAAUGUGUCAGCUUUGAAACACAAUUUUCAGAUUCCCGCUACACUUCGAGGCUAGCGAGAUAUUGGCAAAAAUGUAAGACGCGUAUCUCAUUUUUUCAUUUUUUCGGACGCCGGUCGGCGGCAAAAAUAAUUCGGAAUGCUGUGCAAUGCCACAUUUUCGGCAAAAGGUGUUUUUGUGGUGGAACCAGAAAAAUUGUUAGCUUCGCAAGCCGAGAAAACGCCAAAAUUCCAUAUUUUCACCUCGUACUACAUUGUAUCAGGUACUACUGUACCAUAAAGAAAAAAUGAACACGAUUUUCGAAAUCGGCACCUUCGAAAGCCUCUAACUCAAGGAUUUUCAGAAAACAAUUCAAAAAUUAUUUUUUUACACUACUAUUAAGAAAAAAGUAACAGUCAUCAUUGCUUGCCUAGCCAUUUGGACCAGUUAUCCAUCAGCCCCGGUGCUUGGCUAGCAAUUUUCUGUUGAAAGGACGACUUUUUGUGACUUUGCCAUAAUCGGCCUUGGGUCAUAAUCGGCUACAUACGUUUCCAAAUAAAAUUUGAAAUAUUAGCCGUACCUAAAAACAAGUUUUAGAACAAACAUAAGUUAAUCAAACUGCAAAAGUGCGGAAAACCAUACAAAUCUACAUAACACUUAACUCCUCGCUAGAAUUGGAUGAAAUUUUCGCGAGUUGUAGAAUAUAACGCGUUCUUUCCGCCUAUCGCUGCCCUUUUGUCCACAUUAAUAGUAUAACAGCGAACAAUUUAGAAAAAAGUAAAAGUUCUUCCACAAAUGGUUGACCUUAAUCGCUCCAACGAUCGCUGGAUUGAUGUAUGAUGGUCUGUUUGACAUUCCGCUUUUUUAAUCAAUAUUUGACGUAUAAAUAUUUUCUAAAAAAUUUUUUUAGUGGAGGCGCUAAAAUAGAGGAAAAACUUGUGAAGGUUGGUGUCUGGUUGGCUGGUAUUUCUUUUAUCUAGACAGUAAGUUACACUUUAUUUGUAACACAUUACUUUAGUUUUAUCAAAAUGGAAGUGAAAGAACCUAGAUGCACAUUAAUCUCAAAUGCUGAGGCGUUUUGUUUGUUGAAAGAAGCUAAAGAGAAGCACAAUAAAGAGCGAUCUCUACGACAGCAUCAAACCAUUUUAUAUGAAACGAUAAAGUAUUUGAAAGCGACACCGGCCAUUUCUCAGACCUCAGAUAAUGUUAAAGAGCUGAUCAGGGCUUUGGAAGCUUAUAAACUCACCGGUGCAGAACUGUUACAAAUUGUGAAUCAUCGUCCUGCAGGGGUCGUCGAUCUCGGAAUAUUGAUUGAAGAGUGUGAGGAGCGAUUGUCAGAUGAACAGGUCGAAGAGAUACUCGGUUUAAUCUCCAAACAUCUUCCUUCACCUUUGGAUGAGCAGUCCGAAUUAGAAUCGGUGAAAUCUAAGCCGUAA